AUGAGUGGACCUCCACCCCCAGGACAACACCCUCCACCACCCCCAGGACAAACCUAUCCCCAGGUAAGAAUCAAGUGUAUUAUUAUUAUGAUAAUAUUUGUUUUUUUGUGAAUUUCUUUUACUUUUGCAAUGCUGGUAUCCUGCAUAUGUAUUAUCUCAAACAAUUUGGAUUUGAGUAGCCUGUGGCACAGAUAAGAUAAUAUUACCAGCACUCCAGAAAUACUGUUCCAGUCAGUUCCAGAAGCACCCAUACCCCCCUCCUUGUGCAAACUCAUGGGCAUUUUACUUUUUUAAAAAAAUGUGGUCAAAUUCCCUGCCAUGUUGGCAGUUUAGAUGGUCAAUUGCCCCUCCAGCUGGUACUUCACCCACCAUGUAUAAAAGCGACUGUUUGAAAAUUGUCCUAGUGGUUUAUUCAAAUCUAAAUAUCAUACUAAAACCCACCUGAAAUAUCUAAAGUCUCUGAAAACUGUCUUACAGGGGUUUGAAUAUUUUCAUUGAAUCUUUCAGAAUGCCCACAUUUAUUGGCUUUUUCAAAGGCUCUCAAAUGCUCUAACAAAACAGUGAAUACAGGAGCAAUGAGCCAUGAAUGCGGUGCAUAUGCUUAAUGAAAGAAUUGUAAAAUCCUAAAAUGGAAAGUCAAUUUUCUUACCAGGUGGUCCUCAUUUUCAGUCACAUUCCCCACUGUAUGGGGCUAAACUCUAGUCAAACGCCCAGGUUGUACCUGGGGGAAGGAAGGAAUAGGUAGUUUUGGAAUUGACUGGGACAUAAUUCCUGUUAAUAGAUAUGUAGCAUGUGCUGCAUAUGGAUCCCACAUGGAUCUUAAUGGCCUAAAACUUCAGGUUCCCUCAUACAUAUUUCUAUUAAACUCAUCGCCAAUUGAUGAGCUUGGGAACUGGUACCUAAAAGGUUAGCAGGGGAGGCCAACUGCGAAAAAUACAGCAAGGAGGUUACCAGGCAACCCUGAAGUGGGAAUCACCCCUUCCAGCAGCCGCAAACUGGCACUGUCACACUGAGACAAUACUCAGUGGCAAAAAUACUUACCCAAGUGAGAUACUUACCGGCGCACCCACACAUGACAGCAGGGAGGGAGGAGAGGGAGAAAGAAUCCGCAAAGAUUCGCCAACACAAAGCAAAAGGUGAUCCGCAACAAUCAGCUAGAAUAGCUUGCAAAAUAAUGCAAAAGGAUAGCCCUGAAAACCCCAAAUGGGCCACCCCGCAUGUCACGCAUGCUAAUACAGGAACACUGCUGGCUGCAUUGGCUCAAUGUUAACUUAGCCUAAAGAAAAUUUAGCCACAUUAAAAUGAUUAUGUAUUUAUAUAACUUGGUUGGUGUCUGCAAUGACAUCAUCAAGCAACAAACUUGGUCCAUUUCCAGUGUUUUUCUGGCUAUUUUGGCAAUCAAGAAAUGCUUUUGGCCCUGAAUUUCUAUGGCAGAAGUAUUUUGCAAACAAAAUCAAAGUAAUUUUGACCGCUGGCUUUAAAAUAGUAGUAAAAAGUGAUAUAAAUGAACAUUGUCAGGGCGUCAUUCUUCAGAAACAAUUAGUUUGCUUCUGUAAGUGCAUUUCAUUCAAGCCUUUUAAUGCCAAAACCAACCUUUUCUCCCUGAAGUCUGCCUUUCAAUUCAUUGUGCACCAGGGCAAACCCACCAUUAACUUGGCACUUUCCCCACUGAUGGAUCAAAGACUGGUUUCAGCUCUGUAUGUUGGUCAUUGAACCUGAGUUGAGUUUGCAUUUGUACUUUUGGUGUUAGAAAAAAGUAGAAGAUAAGAGAGAAAGAAGUAGGAGUACUUAAAACUGGAUAUUUGUAUCUAUUUCAAUUCUGUUGUGGCUUAACUAAGUGAUGCUAUACAUACCAUGUUUUGCAUCUGUUGUUCUUGUUCCCCUCAUUCAGGUAUUAACAAUAAUGCUUACCUUAGUUUGUAUUCUUAAUUGACUGCAGGGAGCUGUUCCACCCCCUUUUGGUCCUCCAGGCGCAGGAUUCUAUCCUGGUGGCCCACCACCCUACACUUGCAUACCCACUCCUGCACAGGCUGCCUAUCCGGUAGGUUUUCAUAUCCUUUAUUACUCAUCAAAUAACCUUCAUUUUCCCUUUCCAUUCAAAAUUAAAGCACUCCAACCUGUGACCAUAAUUAUUGGUUUCCAAAAAUUGGCUACUAAAAUUGCAGCAAAGGUUAAAUUUCUAAGUCAUGAUACUCCUGGCAUUCAUUUUAUUUACCUUUCACAUAAUAGCUAAGUGCCUUUUUUUUCAGGUAACUAAUUUCGUCUGGUGACCAUUUUAUAAUUUUUGGUUGCCAAAUGGAAACUUUCAAGGAAAUUGAAUUCAGAACAUUGUUGCAUCACUGUUUUUCAGGCUUCUUACACAAUUGCAUAAAUUGCAUUCACAACUGCGAGGAUCAUUCUUCAUUUGAUUUAAAGAUUUAUUAAUUAUUACAAGCAGUUAAUCUUUCAUUUUCUAAGCAUGCUUGGUUAAACAAUUUUUAGGGAGUCUUUCCUAACAUUUUUUCACAUUAUCUUGCAAGUUGAAUCAUAGAAGGAUGUCACCACAUGCAAAGUUUUGAAGUUGAAAUAGCUCAUUAACUAUAACCUGAGCAACCUUUAGCUCUUUUGAAUUUGUUAACUUGUCGAUAAGCAAUAAUGAAAAUGGAGGGUAGGUGCCAUGCCAUGGGGCCCGACCCUCCUAACAAAGAAUUUCCAAGCGCAAGGUACCACCCUCCUGAAGCAAGGCAAAAUGGCCAGGAAACAUGAGUUGGCAAGAUGGAAGGGCAAUAGGCAACAGCUAAGGAAGCCAAGGCUUCCAACCGACAUAUGCAAACAGAUGCUACCAAAACGCUAGCAGUGACAAAAAAGGCAGUGAGCAACACUAAAUAAAAAUACACUCACCAAACUAAUCCACCAUAGAUUUGGCGGCGCGAGUAAUGAGGUCGGGAGGAGUUCAAAUAUAUUGUUUGUAAGCAUUGCUUUUCCAACUGCCCAAAACUUGGAUGAGGUGAUCCAGAAUACCAGCCCUUGCAGCAGAAGUGGCUGCCCCAAUUCGGAAACUGAGACUUGAAAAAUCGCCAGGCAGACCAGCAGAUAAAAGAAUAGCUCUCAAUCUGUCGGUAAGUAAAGAGCGAGAUAAAGGAAGACCAUUCUCAAAAAGGAACAGGGGGCCAGGACGGUUACCCCGACACUCAAGGAAGGAGGCAACUGCUUUAACUGCGCACAAAGGAGGAGAACCAGGCUCAAUCAAAAUGUUGCACCCUUUCCAGAACGGGUAAGUUUUAGAAGCUUUGAUGCAGAUCUGGAGGCAAGACAGAUUAAGAGGAACAUCCACAGCGAUAUCACACAGCGAUAUCAGAUAGAUGACGGCUAUGGUUGAAGGCUGAAAGGCUGGGGAUGGUGAAUUCUGCGGACCUCAAAAACCCAAAAUAAGCCAGUAAACAGGCAGCCCAAAACAUAUGAUCAUCAAAUGAGUUGAGGUCCAAAGCCAAAUAAAUUAUGCGAAAAAUGUUACUAGAAAUUUGGUAGACGUGGGUUAGCAGGUAAAGAGCCCUUUGAACACUUGAUUCCUCAGACAACUCUUUGAAGCCGAAGGCAGUUGUCUAGUGGGUUGGGGAAUCCUUGAUCCACAUGAAGAGACCAUACCGCAGAUAUAUACACCUUAAUAGAAGAGGGCCUUGGAACGUGGCAAAAGGACACAGGGUCCAUUCAGAGCCUGGACAUGGAGAGCUGGAGGAGCUGACAUGACCAAUCGUGACACAGAAAUUUAUGAACUUUUGCUGAGCGCUAGAGGAGGUGCGGCAAGUUGAAGCAGCUAAGCCUUGGUACGUGAAGGAAAGGCAGUGAGCUUCUAUAUCACUAUGGAAAGCUGAGCUAAAAGCUGUGAAGAAAUGAGGACUGGAGACUUCUUGGAUCACGGUGCUUGAGAACGAAAUCCUUGCAAAUUGAAGCAAGACAAGGCAUCAGCUAUGCGGUUAGUUUUUCCUGGAACAAAACAGCCGCAAAGGUAAAACUGAGGUAGGCUGCUACUUUGAGUAAGCUACGCAGCAAGUGCAUAAUGUUUGGGUCUUUUGAAGUCCAUGAAUUGAGAAUAUGAACCACUGCUUCGUUAUUGACGUGAAAGCUCACAGUCUCACAGUCCUUUCUCACCACACGGCCGAGCCUGACCUCAUUAGCUAGAUAGACAUCAAUCAACCCUGUAUGUUGGUAGGCCGACAAUUUAUUUCUCCUUGCUGAUUUAAGAGUUACUAGUUUAUCCCAACCAAGUCUAAAGCCUUCCUUGAUACACUGAAGAACGAAGUUAACCUUUGCCCUAUCAGGAUGGCAACUUAAUUCAGCCUCAAAUAACUCAACAUUAAGUGGAGUGACUUCCCCAACAGCUGGCAACAUCAUAGAUGAGCCUAGGACAAAAAUAGUAAGAACAACAAUGUGAUGAUAGUAAACUCAAUUUUCACCUAAUGUAUUGAACAAGCUAAACCCAACAACAAGACAGAUUCAAAUGUGAAUAAAAAAGGCAAGUAAAAAGCCCAUUUUAAACAAAGGCACAACAAUUAAUGGCAUUUGUGGCACUUUGGUUCCUCAGGAUCCAGAGAGUGAGGAAGAGUUGAUUGCAAAGAAGUACAAGAAGAAGCUCGAUGAUCACCACCACACCUGCUACAUGCAUGGCGGAAUCAACAGUUAGGAUUGACAGCGAUGCAGUGACCUGCAUUCCAAGAAUGGCAAAUAACUUUACUAGUAGUGCUACCAGAGCCUCUGCCUGGAAGGUGACUGGAUUGGCUGAAGCUGAGCGAGUACGAACUUGAGCGCCAGCUGUAUGGUAGUUGAAUAGCUGGACAAUUCAUCGCAGACAAGUCAGUGAGCUUUACCGCGGCUGUGGCUCCCUGAAAGCCGGUCAUAGUUUAACCAACAAAAACUGCUAAACUGACGAUAUGUUCAUAAAAUUAAUAGCUUGUAGCUUGUCAAAUCUCUCCAUCAAUGUGGAAAAUAGGAGCAAAGAAUAAGAUAAAAAAUGGAAAAGGCCUCCAUCCAUGAAGUAAUGUCAGAAAUGUGACGCGUAGGCUUCUUGGGUGUGUGCGACAAAACCAACCUGGCUGUCGAACCAGAGUUGCAGUUCGGGCUCAUUGGGAGGAAUGUUUUCAGCCAACAAAUCUUCCAAAUUGACACAUUUUCCUGAAGUGAUUUUAGAGACACCCUUACAAGCAACUGGCGAGUAGCCGGGGCUGACCACGAACGGUUGCUGAAGGGGCAAAGCUGCCAACGAAGGAACCACAGUUUGACUUACAAUUGGGCGCAAAGCAAAGGCAGAAUUGACUGUAGUGGGUAGUCUGGGUAGGCUAUAAACGGUGGACGAAGAAAGUGCUGAGAACGGCAAACUAGCAAAGGAAAACACAGAUACAAAAGGUGGAACAGCAAGAAAUGAGGACGUACCUGGCAAAGCGUUUAACUGCAAAGCCACUGGUAGAGAAGUGAAAGUGGUCGAAGUAUUCAGAGGCAGGGACCCAACAGCAGUUAAUGGCUGAGAUGCCGAGGUAAUGGUUGAAGACCAAGGUUGGUGUAUGCCAAUGGUGUCCAAAUGUGCCGUGUGAUUGACCAAAGAUGACUCCGACAACCCUUGAACAGAAAUGGCGGGAAGGCCUUGCAUUGAAAUGGAAGGAGUGCUGUACAGUACCGCAAAUGAUCCCCAACCGCAAAUGAUCCCGAGACCGCAAAUGAUCCCCAAAAUGGACCGCAAAUGAUCCUCGACCGCAAGUGAUCCCUAAAGUCGACCGCAAAUGAUCCCGUGAAAACUUGAGGAAUGGAAUGGAUUUUAUGGGACUGAUUACAAAAAAGGACUGAUUAUAAAAAAGAAACCUUUUUCUCUCGCCUUUUAAAGAAAAAGGGAAGGAGGACGCUACAUCUCAGGUCAGUUUAUACAAGGCGAAAAAAAAAUGGAAUAAAUCUGAAAAGGUGUGGUAUUAACCGUAUACUUCUUCCUUUGUCGAUUGCUUCAAGAACUGGUUUCGUCUUUUGAAAAAUUUAAGACAGGCAGGACGUUACGCAGAAAAAUUAUUUUAACGCCUAGAAGCUCAACUUUUCUACUGAGGAAUACAAAGCCGGGCACCCUCCACCUAACAAGAGCUUUAUUGACUUUACUGAUCUUUUUGAAAGCGUGAAAUUAAUCAGCCAGAGUAUUUUCUGAAGUGUUAAUUUUACGUGAUAAACCGCAAGACAUUUGUUCCUAACUUAGGUGCCCGUUACGAAACAAUACAUGAUUUAACAUAAACACAAGUCAAAAUGUCCCCGAAUUUAUCAAUGUUUUCAGGUUGCGGUUUAUUUCGAAAUGGCAUGCAACUUUCUUACAUCUCAUGAACGUGUUGUGAAUAGUUAUAUUAGCGUUUUUAUGUAUAUUCAUUUGUUGUGCUUUGCUGAAGACAGUUACCAGGAAUCUAAACCUGGUAAUGAUCAUGAGAAACGCAAAGCCAGGUAAGCAGUAGUUAUCGCGUGACAAAACAUCGUAAGAAACCGUCACAUUCACGGACUAAAACAAAAUCGCUUAUGAUUAUUUGGAUCCAGGAGGCACUUAGGAGAAAAUUAAACAACCUAAAACCCUUAUUUAGCGGCGAUGAAGAGCACUGCAUUUCAAAAGAGUUCAAAGGAAAUGCUCUUGCAUCAAAGGGCAAAUCAUGCCGACCAGAAACAACAAUAACCGCAGAAAAUGCGUGUCAUGACCUCUCGGUAUGAAACAAGCGGCAAAAAUCAUAUUUGCUCAGUCAAAACGUUUUCCUCAGAGGUAUAAUCUACCCGCCAGAGCCGGAGAAAAGUCAUUGGAACAAGCAGCAUUUUAGCAUGAGGUAAAAGUCGUGUGUUGCCUACCGACUUCGUUUUUACUCUUGAAUGAUUUUUUUCAUUUAGUUUUUAUUCAUAUAUUUAUUUGAGAAGUAAAAUUUAGCUUUUAACCUGACUUAUUGUAAUAAUAAUAAAAUCGACAUGAUGAUCCGCUAACUUGAGUCCAAGUCAUUCCCAUUUUUCUUUCGGGAUCAUUUGCGGUCGACUUUGGGGAUCAUUUGCGGUCGAGGAUCAUUUGCGGUCCAUUUUGGGGAUCAUUUGCGGUCUCGGGAUCAUUUGCGGUUGGGGAUCAUUUGCGGUCUCGGGAUCAUUUGCGGUUGGGGAUCAUUUGCGGUACUGUACAGUGCCAACUGCAGCAGAUAACUACUGCUGUACUGUGGCCGAAAUUGGCAUCUAAAUGGCCUGAAUUACCAAAACUAAAAAUUCCGGCGAAAUUGAAGCAGAAGCCAAGGUACCAGACACUAGAGCAGGUGCUGAAGCAACUGUUGGCGAACUAUUUCUCGUACGAUUAGGCAGCAUGGCGAAUGAUGAAGGCAGUGGGCCAAAAAGACACAUAAAGAUAAGGCAAAGGGGCCCAACACUUGACAAUCGAAUAAUCUGGCGAAUUGAAGCCAAAUAGAUGAACAAAAGGCAAAAAAGCAGCAAGGCAACUCCAAGCAAGCCACGAGGGCAAAAUUACGUAGCAAUGGCUUGAAUGCGCAUGCACAGCGUGAUCACCUGCUGACAAUAGGAAAUCUCCCAGUUAACUAUGAUUAUUGAUAAUCUCGUUAAAAAGUUGCAAAAUUGCUGGGAUGGAAAAAAGUUAACAAGCUGGAAAAUUUUAUAGUUUUUGAAAGAGAAUUUCUUCCUACCUUUUCAAAUAUCAGCCUGCAAGUGUUUGUAUACCCUAAGAGGAUGUAACAAGACCACUUUUCCUCAGUUUACCACUUUUUGUAAAACUUUACUUGUUAUUGAGGCAAGGUACUGCAGAAUCUUUUUUCAGAUUAUUCCUGAAUCAGUAACUCCUUUUAUUUUAGAACAAUUAGGGAGCUUAAUUUUAACAUAAAAUUUAUCUCUUCAGUAAGUGCCUUAGAAGACAGUAACAGUAUAUAUUAGAGUUAAAUUCCUAAAUUUCAUUUGCAUCUUUAGUGUUUCUAUUGCAGUCAAUUUUUCCUUUGUUUCAUAAUCACUGGCAUACAUUACAAUACCCAAAACCAAUGGAAAAAUAAACGUUCACUUAGAUAAAAAAAUUCUCUACAUUAUUGCAUUUCAUCUCAUAGUUUAAAUUUUAGUUAAUUUUAAGACUUUAUUAUUAUUUUUUUUUCUACCAAUACAUGACCCCUCAAGCGUAUUAUUUGCUUUAAUUGCCUCUGGUGUUAAAAUAGAGGGUCUACUACAACUAUUACUGCACCUCCAACUACUACCACUGCUGUUACUGCUACAACAACUAAAAAAUGGUUUCUGAUUUUUUUUCCAGCCAGCAUAUGUCCCUCCUCCAGCUGGUUUUUACCCUGGUCCACCAGGGGGAGCUUUUCCUCCCCCUGCUGGAGUUCCCCAGGGACCACUCCCACCUGGACCACCACCGUCACAUGCAGGCCCCUUUCCUGGAGGGUUCCACCCUCAUGUUGGACCUGGGCCUUUUCCACCCCACCCAGGACAUCACACUGGAUCUGCCCAUCCCUACCCUGCAGGAUCAUAUUCUGGUAGCCACACACAUGUGGUGAGUAAUAUCAAUAACCAAAUAGAAGAAUCAAAAUAAUCUACCUGAAAACAAGGUCAUUUUGUGACUCGUUUUAAAAAUACAGAUAGCUCUAACUAAAAACUUAAGAUGGUUAUGUUUAGUCAAAUUUUGGUUUGUCCGGUCGCUCUAUUUCUGUCAGUUUUGAAUUUUUAAUUCGUAUGGUGCCAUUUUUUUUAAUGGUUUUUACAAAAUUGUGACAGUUAGUACAAUUACUAACACCACUAUUCAAACAUCAACUGAUUAAUAAGAGUUGUUGAUUUAUUCAUUUAUCUGGAAAGUGUAGGAAAGACGACAGUUGUUUGUUUUAGAAAUACCUGCUUUGUUUACAUAAGAGUUGGCCUUUCAAAGUGUUAUGUAUUUCGGACUGUAACUUUUAGCUAGAUUUAAAAAGUAUUAUUUACAAUAACUGAGCGAUUUCUCGCAUGCUGAUUGGUCGAGAGCUAUGGUCGAUUAGAGUACAGACCAUGGAAAUGACAUGAUGGUGCAAUUUGUCUUUCUCUUUCUUGUGCACACAAUUUCCCGGAAACGUCAAUGCAAAAACAGAAAUGGGUGUCAAAAACGGUCAAUGUUAUAUACCAUUUUCAUCUGGUGACCAGACCACACUUUCUGUGGGUUUACCGGCGUGAUAACCCACGCGGGAUGUUGGGAGAAUAUGAGAAAAGCUGUCUUCUCUCUAACGUCACCAUAAGCCCAUCAUGACUCACGAUUUAAAAGCGGAGAACUUUCUCAAAACUCAGGUCAGUCAAACAACAAACAGCAGCACUUCAAAACACAAGUUUUUGCACUCAUUACAUGAUAACUUAUGACAGCUGUUUUUCAGGAAAAGUCAGCACAUAUUCAUGCGAAGGUACAUUGAAGUUUGUUUACUACAAAAGUAGAAAAUUGAACGUCAAACUGUACGCAGCUGUAUUUUGUUGAGUCGAUCCGUAAACAUUUCGUACUUACAGACGAAACUGGCAGCUGUUGUAAUGGAGGACUUCAUUCACUUUUUACAAGCUGCAGUGGUUUAAGAUCUGUUUUCUGGAUUUAUCAUGAUCAAGAAAUGUUGCGGUAACGACGUAGCUGCAUUUGCGAAGUUGUCGCAUGCAUGUAACGUAUGUAUGUACAGCGACCGAUGGAAAUAUGUCAGUGGUAGCUCUAAAUCUGGAGAAAGGUUUCUUUGCCGUAGCCACAUAUUAGCGUUAAUAUUUGUCGAUUUCUGAAGUCAGGUGGUUUGAAGUAGGUUAUGGCAUCGAUAUUACCGAAUAAUUUGUGCAAAUGUUGGAAAAAAACCAGCGCGAAACUCUGACAUCUUUCAUCAUCGUUUACAGCUUGUUUACAAUCUGCAGCGGCCGAUUUUGUACCAUAACUUGAUCAGAUAUCUCUUUUCGGAACAAUUUCUUUCAUUCAGGAAUUUAAUUUUGACAUAAAAUAAAUCAAGAAUGCUAAAACUAUCCGUUUUGAUGCUGGCUGGCACACGGUUAAUCUUUCCUAAAGACUUUCUACACCAGAAAUUCAUACAGUUGUUGUGUUGUCUGCGAUUUGGCAUCGUCGUUAAAUGUAAACUGCUUUUCCAGCUUUGUACUUUAUAUCUUUUAAAGCUAUGGCAGUAGCGAAUUGUGAUGCUCUGUAAUAAAAAUGUGGAAGCCAACACUUUUUAAUAUUAAGAAGGGCUAGGUAAGUAACUUGUUCUGUUUUUUAUUCUUUCUAAAAUCGUUGUUUGCAGAUCAAUAGCCCGUUUUGUUUAUGGCUCGUGUUCUGGGUGCCUUUUUCUAUGGGUUUACCGGUAUAAUAAACCAUGGGUUUUUGACCAAUCAGAUCGCGCGUACUAUCUCAGUUAUUUUCUAAAAAGCAAUGAAGUGGCAACAAUGCUGGUGUACCAAAAAUCCAGCAGGAAUUGAACUCUUAUCUCAUGUUAAAAUUUUUUUUGUCCCGAGAGAUUUGCAUAGCCACUGAUCACGAAAACAAUCUAUUGUAAAAGCAAUUUCCUAUGGCCUCCACUCUUAUUGUCCAAAGAAACGACAUCAAAAUGUUCAAAAUUCAAGUGGGACCAUAAGCUGCAGGUGAGCAGUUUCACUGCAAAGUUUUGAAUAUUUUGAUGUCAUUUCUUUGUAUAAUAAGAGUAUAGACUGUGGACCAUUUUUGUCCAUUUGUUGAUUUUUUCUUUCAUCACAGGAUGUGGAAAGCGAUGACAGUGACCCAUCUGAAUAUCGUAAGUUGUAAGAUACAUAAGUAGCCUGGUAAAUAGACUGGGUUUUACUGAGCCAGUUUGCAAAAUAAACUGAAUUGUGCAACUUUACAAACCUAAAAAUAUCUUUAGGUUAAAAAAAAGAGAAAAUAUAAUUACAUUACUAAAUCACUACGUUGUAAUUAAAAAAUUUAAAAUGUUAACUGCAAGUCAUGAAUACAUUGCCAUAAAACUACUCUUGUUGAUAAAAGUGUCCGCAAAUCUCUUUGUUUUAGUUUUGCGUAGGUCGAAGAUCUUCUGUCUCCUUAAAUUAUAAGUUGGCCCGUUGCACUUUUUAGGUAACAAAUUAUGUAACUAAUUUGAAAAGGGGCUUGGUUAUUUGUUCUUGAUGGACUCUCAUGCAGUCGAUACCGGCGAGACUUAAAGCGUCCUUGUAAGAAACUCCAGGGACGAUACACAAGAGGGCCCUCUUUUGCACUCUCUCAAGUUUGCCUUGCAAGUGCUUUGGUAACGCAUAGUGGAAAACUAAGCAUGAAUAAUCUACCGAAGAUCUAAUACACGUGCAGUAGUACGCUACAAGAUCUUCAGAAGGAACCUGCGAACGUUUCAGUUGAACCAGAACGAAGUGUUUCCUAGAUGCUUACGUUGCUAUUUCCUCAAUGUGGUCAUUCUAAGUUAAGUUACCAUUGAGCGUAACUCCUAGUAGCUUUGCGCACUGAACUGUCUCGAUAGAAUUUCUGUCAAUACAUGCCCUUGGGAACAGAGGACGUUGACGACUGAAACUGAUUGUGAGUUCCUUUGUCUUGUCGCACUUUACCUCAAACAGAUUUGUCUUCGACCUGUCGUGUAUUAGGUCCACUAGAUCUUGAGCCUUGCGCCGCUGGCCUUUGGGUAUAGUCUGCGAUACCGUGGUAUCGUCAACUAUUUCCGCAUGUUGAAAAUGCCUUAGGAAAAGCCCAGGGUCCGACGUGGUCCCCUGGGGCACUCCAGAUGGUUCUUUACCCACUCAGGCAGUCGUUGUUCAGUUUGACUCUCUGGGAUCUGUCUGAAAGGAAGUCAAUAACCCAAUUUAUGAUACUGUUAGGAACGUUGAUCUGUUUUAAUUUCGUGAUUAAAGAUACUGGGAUCUAUAAGAUCAAAAGCUUUGCGGUAGUCAAAAAGAAAUACUCGCACUGUCGCACCGUUGCCAUCUGUAGCUUCAAGCCACUUGUGCACCAUACCAAUAAGUGCCAGCACGGUGGAAGAAACAGAUAUGAUGCCAAACUGGUUAGGGUCAACCACAUCCUCCAAUGCGAGUUUGAUGUAGUCGGAGACUACAAAGUCCUCAGCAAUUUUAGAGAGGACUGAAGGGGCAAAUGAAGUUUUUUCGAUAUCUUACGCCAUGGGAACUAAACAUUGCUGUUUUAUAUUCCCACUAAACGGUAAGACAUUUGUGUGAUAGGGAACAAUGAUUGUAAUGAUUUUUUUAUUCUGUAUUUGUUAGCCCUGUAUUCAAAAGAAGACAAGCAUCCAAUGGAAGUGACAUUCAUCAACAAGACAGAUAAGAAAGUGCAGGUAUUCUGGAUCAAUAAGAAAGGAAGACGAAAGAGGAAAGGGAAGAUAAAACAUGGGCAUUCAAAGACCAUCGAUACCUAUGAGACCCAUAUCUUCAUGGCUUUCAACAAGAAACUGAGCCGUGAGCCACUGUUGAUUAACGGCAGCCCAGUGUUUUAUGCCUUUCCACACAACCAUGGUGACAAACAUGUAAAUGUAGAAAUAAAGAAACCAACAGGUUAGAAUUCACACUCGUGUUAGUGCAGCCAUAGUAUUAACCUUGUCUUCACACCUGAUACACCCUACAGAUUUUUGUGCGAUUUGUUAUAGCAAUAAAGCAGUUUAUAUUUCAUCGGUACAAUCCACCAAAUUAUGAACAAAAAUGUGAACAUUUUUGUCAACAGGCCAGGGACACAUUAUUUCACAAAAAGGAAAACAGGGAAAAGAAGCAACCAGAAAGAGUCCUGAAAGUCAAGCUUGCUCUGUCGUCUCUUUCUAUGCCUUUACAAACAAGAAAAGUUGUGUUUAAAUUGCACUGUAAAUGAAGCAAGGAUAGAUUUCAUCCCAACCUUAGCCGUUUAUACUGAAUAACGAUCAUCAUCAUCAUCGCUGUUAUUCGUACUAUUCUGGUAUUUCAGACUAAAAAAGAUAACAUAGAGAAAUGUAGACGACAAAAUAUAGAUUUUAUAACUAGAACAUAUUUAAUUUUUAAAUCAGUUUACAUCAGCCUAAAAUGCAAAGUGGGGAAGCUUUCAAGUUGGCCACGACCUCUUUGGAAAUGGGGAGAGGAGCAAAGAAGAAGCAAUAAUUAUGAUUAAAUUUAUUGGUGAGGGAAGCGUAUAGCAGUCUGUAUCAUAUCAAGGGAAAAAUGUAGCAAUGCAGCCCUAGUGGUUUUAAAGUGAUUAAUAACUGUUCUUUUCUAUGCCAUGGUGUCUCACAAUAGUGUUAAUUUUCUUCAAACAAGCUGUUGAAAUAACAUAAUCAUUAUUACAAAUAUUAAAUCUACAGCAAGUUCCUUGGACAGGCUGAGAUCAGACGUUCAUGUUACAACCCCAGUACAGGUGAAAUUUAUUAACCGUUCAAGGCGCGAAGUUCAGUUGGAGUGGGUAAACCCUCAGGGUCACCGUGAGAAAAAGAAAUUACUCCAAAAGGGGAGAUGCUGGCGGACCUCAACUUGGGAAGGUCACUGCUGGGUUUGCUGUGAUCCUAAACACAGCAACCAUUUAUUUGCAUUGAAUUAUGCCCUGCAUUACAGGGUGCAGAAGACCAGGAGACUGAGAGAGAGAGUUGUGAUUACUGCAGGUAUUGUGAAAAUUUGUGUCAUUCAAUGUGUCAAACUCUGCAGAACGGUAAAAUUGCCGGAUCCUCCUUUUUCCCCAGGGUCACAUUAAUUUUGUUGUCUAGAUACUACGGGACCCAACAGUAAGGGAAACAAAGACAGUGUCCAUGUCAAUAGAGACCUUAAGAUAAACCGUCUCCUUGUACGGGACAGGUAAAUUACCUGUAUCCAUAGCCAUAACUACGGGUAGAUUGCCUCUUACCCCAAAGAAACGGGUAGGCAACCGAGUAGAAAGGUAACGCCAUUAUCAUAUCUGGAAAAUCGUGGUUGCCUCUCAUAUAACUACGUGGCAAACAUGUUCGCCUACCCUUACCCAUGGACUGAAACGGUGCAUCUUAAGGUCACUGAUAAGAGUCCUUAUUGAACGGAUCAACAUUACAAUGGAAAAUGUUGUUGAAACAAAUAAAACAGUGUGUUCAAUACUUUUACUUCUAAUCAAAUAGACGGUUACUUACCUGUUACAAAAUGUUUCCAGAGCAUAUGGUUGAAACAUAGAUAAAACACAAUUGUUGAGACAUUUCCAAAAAAACUGAACGUUUAAACAAAGAGUAAUCUUGUUUUCUUGUUUUGGUAAAUGGGCCUGAUUUGUGCAAAUGGAAAACACAUUCUUGGACUGGACUAACCGAUCCUAAAUUUUGUGUUACAUUGCCCAAAGGAAGGAAUAACUGAGUGAAUCAAUUUCCAUUUAGGGUCAUUACACUUGGGAAACUGACUUUAUACACUCAUGCAGUUUUCUAACCCUAUUCACUAAACUUCAGAGUCAUUAGGCGUUCUAGAUUAGUCCAUAUGGGUAGUCCCUGGACUGGGGGUCAGUGUUUUGUCCACCACCAUAAGUAUUAUUUCUUAUGUUUUUGUCUCAUUGUUUUCUUUUUUUGUUUCAGAUAUGAACAUUUCUGGAAGUAGCAGUAGUAGCAGUAGUAGCAGUGAUUAGUUUUAUUAGAAAGUAAUAGUGGAGUCAAAAUGUAGUGUUGUUUGCCACGUCGGUGUUGAAAAUGACAUUUAUGAAUGAAAAGGUUGAAUGAAGUACACUAGGGUGCGGAUUCAGUAAUGACAAGAAAAAUGCUCUAAAAAUUGUAAAACUGCCAAAGGAGUGCAUAAAUAUUCAUAGCAUUGCCAGUUAUUAACACGCCUUUUCCUACAUUUGAUUCAUUAAGUUUUAAUAGAAUGCUGAUCAAUGAAAUAUUACUUUUCAAAACUGGCCCAGACCAUGAACCUUGGGGACACACUGUUUAUGGUACAGAUGAAUCGGUGAUUUUGGAAACUAUGAUAGUAACAAUACCUGAUAUCAGGCGGAAUAUGUUUCACUCCCACUUGUUAUUCAACAAUAUAUAAAUUUAGCCAAGACUAAAGGCGAAGCUCCCUUUUAUAAAUUAAUAAUUUAUGUAGUAUGGUAGGGAUAUUUUACUCCGUUUGUUUGUGGUGGAAUGUUAUUAAUUUGCCGUGGAAUACAUUAACGCCUAUGACGUCAUAGCCGCUUGCUUUAUCUCAUGAGUAAAAUGCGGUGGAAUCUCAUUUAGUCUCUGUACAGAGGGGAGGGGGCGGCUGUACGCAGGCUGAAUCUCAUUAUGAUUACGUCAUGUGCUAUUUUCAGGUGGUUUAACUGGUCUGACAUGUAGGGUCGAUAUGGUGGAGGGAAAAUCAAAAUUGAAAAAUAAAAUGAAAAGGGGAAAUGAAUUAAUUGUGGAGGAGUAGGAGGGGAGUGGGGUAAGUAAAACAUUGUCUUUCGUGCUAAAAAAAAGCUAGUUUGCCUUCGCCCUUAUUAAUAUGCACGCUUUGCCCGCCAAGGACCAGUGAACUAGAACAAUAACAGCGAUAGAAAAUAGGACGUGCAUAGGUAAGUUACGACUUUGUGAUUGUGAGUUAGAGGCGAGUUUGAGUUUAUUCCUCAGACACCAUGAAUUAACCAACGAAAAUGUUUCUUAUUUUCUAAUCAACCAAUCGAAGACCAAGACAUUUACCGACCUUAAAGUAACUGUCCUUAUCUUAAUGAGAUUCCACCGCAUUUUAUUCAUGACAUAAAAACAAAAGAAUAAGUUUUUACCCCCAUUUCAACAAUCGAACUGUCGAACUAUUUUGUAUGCUCAACACUGCUUUAUGAUUUAAGGUAACCGUUAGCUUAUAAAAAAUGUGAGGUCUCAAUUUUGUGGCUUAGAGAUAAUAAAGGGAAACUUUCCUCGCCGGCGUAAAGGCUAAAGGUCUGGGUAGUCACACUUGAAGGAAUAGAUGAGAGGGCCUGUUCCCUUUCACUUACGCUUACAUG